CGUCCCUUUCUAUUUUCCGAGAAGUGUACCCGUUUGCACCAAAUUUGUUGGGUCUCGAGCAAAUCCAAAGUGGGGCUAACUUAAUGCUAAAACAGUGGUUAACAUUAGUUUUAAUCAUCCAUAGCAACUCCUGAUUGGCCCAACAAAGAUAAGGUAAAUAUCACUAAUUGCAAGAUUCUUGAUGUUGCUCUGCUUUCAAUCCCACCCUCUAUGCCGCCAGUAAUUACCAUAAAAAUUCCUACAAAACUGAAUAUGUUCUUACAGUUUCCUACUUAAAAGAGUUUUUCACUUUUGCUGCAACUGAAGCCAUUUGCUUACAACUUCUGCAAAAUAUUGUUCCCUUAAUCGUUCCUGAUAAAAACUUACAACUUUCAGGUGUCCAUGGCUGCAGUACCGGUAUGCUACAAGAUUCCUAUAUCCAGAGACACAUGGAAGAGGUGGCAUGUGAUGUAUCCUGCCGCUGAUAUUUCAGUGAAGACACCGACAAGAAGAAGACUGAACGCCUCUAAAGGAGCGACUCUCAACCAAGGCGCUUUUCAUUUCCAGAACAUUACUGAAGUAUCCGUCUUGCCUAGAGUCUACAGUGUGAAAGGUGAAAAUUUCAGCAUGGGAUCAUAUGCAUCAAAGACUAAUACAAAUGAGAAGCAGCUGAGUUUGCUAGAUUCCUAUUUCGGAAAACUCCAAGGUGAUGCGAAUCAGCCCUCAUUAGAAUCUUCUCCUGAAAUAACCGAGUUUGUUGUUAAAAGCCGAGAAAUUGACACAACAGAAGAACUGCAGUCUCUUAAUUCUUAUCUUGAUAAACUCAGUAAAGAUGCAAACUUGAAAAUUUCUGUAUCAUCAGCUUCUGAUGAUCAAACUACAGAAAAACUGUUAUCAGUAUAUGAAGAUUCUGCAAGAGGUAAAGAGGAGAAGCUGAAAGGUUUCACGCGGUCGAGAACAAAGGAUCCAAAUACUGGUUCGAGGAGGUAUCAGGCUCUACAUCAAAAUAAGGAAACCUCUGACCUCUACAUAAUAAAUAUAUUAAUUUCUAUAAACAUUGCCGUUGUCCUGUUCGAACUAGCCAGUCCAGUUAGAAAUUCUGAAUUUGAGCUCUUUACUCUCCCAUUGUUGUACGGAGCAAAGAUAAACGAUUUGAUCCUAGUGGGGGAAUGGUGGAGGCUUGUGACGCCAAUGUUUCUGCACUCUGGAGUGUUUCAUGUGGCUCUUGGAUGCUGGUCACUUAUUACCUUUGGACCUCAAGUUUGCAAAGGUUACGGUUCAUUUACGUUUCUAAUCAUUUACAUACUCGGAGGAAUUUCUGGAAACUUAACGAGCUUCCUUCACACGCCAGAUCCAACUGUUGGUGGAACAGGACCUAUAUUUGCCAUAAUUGGAGCUUGGCUUGUCUAUCAAAUGCAAAAUAAAGAUGUUACUGCCAAAGAUGUUUCAGAGAGUUUGUUCCACAAGGCAAUAAUCACAACUGGUCUCAGCUUCAUAUUGAGCCACUUUGGUCCGAUCGAUGACUGGGCGCACUUAGGAGCAAUUCUGACAGGUAUAAUCUAUGGUUUUUUCACAUGCCCUACUCUGCAAUUGGACAAUGCAUCUUCCAGAAGCGGUCAAGAUGACGGGUUUGCGCUCGUUAAAGGAUAUACUAAUCCUUGCAAAGCCCUGGCUUUAUUUGCCAUAUUCAUUCUGUUUUUAGCUUCUUUAUUUUUCAUUUUGGAACCUCCUCUAGACAUGUUAGAGCCGGAUGAUUUAGCAUGGUUUUGGAAACAGGACUCGAUUAUGUUUUAAACCUCAUGCAGAUGCCUGCCGGUCAUCAUUAGAUUUAUAUAGGAAAUAAAGGCAACCAGUGUAUUAUAUACAUAAUAAUACCUUUGCAAAUACAGCAUCCGUCAUGCUUUUCAUUUAA